AUGAGGAAGCGCUGCGCCGUGCACAUCGCUAUGCGUAACAGCACCGCAACUACCGGCAGCCAUCGCAGGAAGCCCUCAGGCCAAGCGAAGCGCAUUUCCUCUUCAGGUCGUUCUCCGAACCGCCGCACAGCUCGGCUUCCCGGCUCUCCGCGCAAGAAACGGCGAGAGGAAGAUGUGAAAACAAUCACGAGGUAUUUCUCACCGUUAGCAAAAGCAGGGGGUAAAGCAUCAUCGCCUCCAAGAGCCAGCAAUAUAUUGGAUUACUUUAAAAAGACGCCUGUGGCUGAGAAAGCUCCAGCAGUAGCUGGGGGAAUUGCAGCGGAGUUCAGUGAUGACCAGGAUUGUUAUGUAGCACCUUCAAAGCUGAAGAGGAAAAGGAAGAGAGCUCAUUUAAAUAAUAAGCGAAAGGAGAUGAAAGAAUCGGAGAAUGAACACAUAAUAGAAAUUAAUUGUGAUGACAGCAUAGGAGCAACGAGGCUAAAAGAAGAUAGUGAUGAUUUCAUAGCUGCCUGUGCUUUAGGUGACCAGAAAGGUGGAGGAGAAUUAGCUGAAGAUAAUAAGCAAAGUGAGAACUUCUCAGAUGCAGACAUCUAUGUUAAAAUUGGUAAAGUUGGUCCUGAAAUAAGCAACAAAAAUAGGAUAAGAAAAACAAGGAAAAGGAAGAACAAAGUAAAUGUGGAUUCGUCUGGGAGUUUUUCAUUUGAGAACCAGCUGAAUAAAAAGUGUAGAAAAGAAACUAAAAAUAAGAGAAAGAAGGUAUCUCCUGAAGUGGCAGAAUGUGCUGUUGUUAUUAGUGACUCAAGUUUUGAAGUACAUACAGAUGAUAAGACAUCUCAGGCAAAUGACAGUAUAGUAACAGUAUCAUUUGAGGACUUCCUGAAAAGCCAAGGAGAAAAUUAUGUAGAGGAUGUUGAAGAAGGCACAAAGCCAAUGCUGGACAGUUCUGUUACAGUAAAUGAAAUGGACCAAAGUGGUAGUACUAGUGACCCUGAGAAGUGUGAGGAAUCUCAGCAGCUACCACUGAGAACAGUAACUGUUCUUGCACAAGUUCACUCCAUUCCCCCCAGAUCAACUUCUUUACGUAAUGAGCAAAGAGGUUCUAAGAAAAUAGCUUCCAUUUUUUUGAAGCAGAAAGUAUAUGUAGAAGAAGAAAGCAGCCCACCUCUUCUGGAGAGUGAACAAACUGAGCAGGUUACUCAGAAAAGAAAAUCUAAUGUAGUCAUUGAGGAAGAGGAAUUGGAGUUAGCUAUACUAGAGACUGCAGGAUCAGAUUCUUUGAAGAUGAAAUCUACUCUGGAAGAAAGGCAUCAGUUCAUGAAAGCAUUUAGGCAACCAACAUCAGAUGUAAGAAAAAGUGGAGUUAAAAAGGCACCUGGGAAAGCAAAGCAAGUAAUUGGAAAGUCUUCAAAAGACAAAAAAGGACCCGAAGGUGACAAUGUUUUAAAUAAGGUAUUAGAAGGUGGGCUACCAGAAGAUGAUGUGGACAAACACAUGCAUUCUAGUCCUGAAAACACUAGAAGUAAAAACAAAAGACCUAAAAAGUUUCAGAAAAAGGGAAGUAAAAGAAACAAGGCUUUGGGAGCUAAAGAAAAAUGUGUUUCAAGUACUAGCAGUUAUAACGAAGAUAAAGAAUCAGUAGGUAACGAUCAGAUGAAGGAAAGUAACUUAGAUGUAAGAAUUCCAUCUAGUCCAAAAGUGAAUGAGUUGAGGAGGAGCCUAAGGCAAAAGAAAACUAACACAUCCAAAACUAUUACACCCCAAAAAACAGAAAGAAGUACCUAUUCUGAGGAUGAAAGCGUGUGGCCUGUACAGACUUCCACACCAAAGGCAAGCAGGCAGUAUUUGAAAAAAAGCAAUGUGUAUAAGGCUGAGGUGAUUACAGUGCCCUCUGAUGAGAACAGCCCAAUAAGAAUGAGGUUUACACGGAUCAAUGCAACUAUAAAAUCAAAUAAAGGUGAAGCAAUGAAUAAUGAAGAGCUUAACUCCAAAAAUAUAAAGAUAAGCUCUACUUCUAAAAACAUAUCCAAAGCCAAACAGCUGGUUGAAAAAGCAAAGGCUAUAAGGCACAACAGAUCAAAGGUCAACAAGGACUCACCAGCUCCUGUGAGGCGUUCGUCUCGGCAGCAAGCUCUUGCUGAAAGGAAAACAUUGCAAGAAAGUGAAAAUUCAGUAAUAAUUUUACAUUCAAGCCAGAGUAAUGACAGUACUACAAUGCAGGAUGGGAAGCAAAAGAAUCUUCGAAGUCUAAAUGAUGUUUUGGGGAAGUCUAAAAAUCUGAAGGUUUCUAAGAACUCAAAAGGAAAACUGGGAUACAUGCCUUCAUUCCUGGGCAGAAAUGCUCGAAAGUCUACAGAUGAACCAGUUGUGAUUUUUGAUGACAGCAGCCAAGAUGCAUCAGAAAAUUCUCAAGAUGAUGAUCAGUUCAGAGCAAAACGUGAAUUCUUGAUGAGUGGUUUGCCAGAAUUACUGAAAAGACAGAUUGCAAAGAAAGCAGCAGCAAUGGAAGCAUACUUUCUAGCCAGUUCAUAUUUCAAGACUGUUGUUCACGUACAGCAGAAGGAUGACUUUUGCCCAAUGUGGAAAUUGAAGUCACCAUUGUGUCCUCUACUAACUAAGCUACGGAAACUUAAUACUGAAGUCACUAAUGUCAAAAAAAUCGCCGUCUCACUUGGAGAAUUUUCCACUGUGAAGUCAGAACUGACUGGAAGCCGUUCUGCACCUGUGGUUAGUACCUCAAAAUGGAAGUUCUCUGGCCACCGACCAGUUUUCUCUGAGGCAUUCAGGAAGGGUUUGCUAGAGGAGAUUGUGUCUUCUAACUCUCAGUUUCCUGUGAGAAAAUACUUCUACAAGUUUCUGAAAAACAAACAGAGCGGUUGCUUUGAAAAUAGUAUGCAAGGAAGCAGAGAUGCCUCUUCAAAUUCUGAGGUAGAUCAAAAACCUUCUGACAACUGGAAGGAAACCAAGAGGAAAAGGAAAGAAAAAGAAGACCAAAAAUCGAAAAGGAGAAAACAAACUGAGAAUAGAGAGACUGAAUUAGAAUCCAGAGUUUCCAGGAGUGUUAUCACUCCUGUACCUGGAGGAAAACAAGCAGAUGCAGAACAAGCAACACACUUGGAGAGAAACAAAAACCGGAAAGCAGAUGUUAGGACAGAAGAUACUGAAUAUUUAUCAGAGACAAAUGCACUUUCAGGUGUUGAAGAUGUGCUUUGGACAGAGAAGUAUCAGCCUCAGGACUCCAGCGAACUUGUAGGGAACAAGAAAGAAAUUGAAAGGCUGCAUAGCUGGUUAAAAGAAUGGAAAAAAAGAGCUGAUUGGGAAGAAAAGAGAAAUCAAAAAGGGGAAAAGGAGGACAAAGAGCAUCAAGAUUCUUUGGAUAGCCUUGAUUUUAAAGAUGAUAAAUCUGAUAUUGAGGAAGAGAAUAACCUUUGCAAUACAGUUCUGAUAACUGGCCCACCAGGAGUGGGGAAAACUGCUGCAGUAUAUGCUUGUGCUCAAGAGCUUGGUUUUAAGAUAUUUGAAGUCAACGCCUCUUGCCAGCGCAGCGGCAGACAAAUACUGUCUCAGCUAAAAGAAGCUACUCAGUCUCAUCAAGUGGACAAAAAAGGCAUUAAUGCACACAAACCUUGUUUUUUUAACAGCUGUAGCAGUGCAAAGUCACCAAAAAAAAUGUACUCUCCGAAGAAAGUUAUUUCACCAAGAAAACCUCCACUGUCACCAAAAGGAGCAGGAUUGAAACGAAACCUACACCCUAGAACACUUGCAAACUAUUUCAAAAUGCCUUCCAGAUAUAAAGGUAAUGAUGGAACAGUAACAGCUCAAGAAAAAAAUAAAGGAAAUGCUCAGAACUCGUGUGAAGAAAAAAAUGUUCAAAUUAAGUCAAUAAGCAAAGAAGUAGAAGAUGGAGAACAUAACAGAAAAAGUGCAACAUCUCUCAUACUUUUUGAAGAGGUAGAUAUAAUAUUUGAUGAAGAUGCAGGAUUUCUAAGUGCAAUAAAGACAUUCAUGGCAACUGCAAAGAGACCUGUAAUUCUUACUACCAAUGAUCCAACAUUUAGCUUAAUGUUUGAUGGCUGUUUUGAAGAAAUCAACUUCAGAACUCCUUCCUUGAUAAAUGCUGCUAGCUAUCUGCAAGUGCUGUGUUUGGCUGAGAAUCUACGAACAGAUGUAAAAGACUUAGCUGCUUUGUUAACCACAAAUAACUGUGAUAUCAGACAAAGUGUUCUCUACUUACAAUUCUGGGUUAAAAGUGGAGGUGGAUACUUGAAAGACAAACAUCUGGCGCUUCAAGGAGAUGAAACAAAUCCAGCAGAUCAAGCAAUUAAUUCUGAAAAGACUACAGAUCCCAAGAUUGACUUUUCUCAUGAUGCCUCACCUCAGGAAUUUCCAAAAUGUGAUACAGGCUGUGUAGAGACAUUGCUUGGCCUUAAGAAUAUCCUGUUGCCAUCAGAAGACUUGAUCACAUUUCUUAAGCAGAAGAUCACAACCAAGGAGAACUGGGAUAAAUUUAUACAGCUUCUCACAGAAUUCCAGCUGAAGAAGGUGGAUUUUAUAUAUAGUAAUCUUGAAUUUCUUCUCCCUUUACCAGUGAAUUACCUUUCAAAUCAGUCUGAAGCAUCUAACCCUAUACCUGAAAGGACUACCAUAGUUUCUUCAAAGAACAGUUCCUGUUAUGGGAAAAGUAACUCUGGGAAAAAAUCUAAAAAGACAAAGAACAAGAAAAGGCUUGAAGAAUUGGAUGAUAGUGACUUAUUUGAUACUGGGCUGAACUAUUCAGCUGAAUUCAUAACUUUGCCAUCAGAUAGUCCUCCACCAUGUGCUGAAGUGAAUGAAGAGGAAUCAAAAUUGAUGAAUAACAGAAAAGGAAAAGAAACAAAAAGCAAAACCCCAUCAAAUGACAGAAGAUCUGCUCUUGUUGUUCAGUGUCUGAAUUCUCUGACUGAAUUUGUGGAGGACAUGUCUUUUUUGGAUUGCUGUGUAAACAGUAUUGCAAAGGAGCCACUAGAGUUCUCUAAAGAUGAAGGAUUCACCUGGAUGAAUGGCAAAAUCAAAAAUGGUCUGUGUGAUGAAUUCAGUAUUGAAAAUACUGACUGGUGGAGCUCUCAGAGCUGCAGUGAAAUAAAAGCAGCUAUUGAAGCGCUUAGUUUUAACAAAUGUUCUGUUAGUAUUUCUCAAAACUUGGAAGCCUCUUUGAGCACAAGUAAUACACCUGAAAGUGAUCAACUUGAGGGACUGACUUUGCAUAUGUCAGACACAAGAAAUUCUGUAUCUUUCAAUCAGUCAGCUGAUUUAAGCAUCCAUAAAAAAGCACAGAAGAGGCUGGCAGUCAUCAGAACUGUAUUUUCCAGAACUCCUUUGUGCCUUGGAAAUAAGCAAGCCAGCAUACUUGAGUAUCUCCCUACUCUUCGCAGCAUUUGUAGGUCUGAGAAGCUUAAAGAGCAAGGAAAGACAAAAAGAAGGUUUUUGCAUUAUCUUGAAGGAAUUCAUCUUGAAAUAUCCAGACAAGCAAUAAACAGUCUGUCUCUAGACUUCCCUUAGAAUCACUAACACCAGAAAUACUUUGUGCCUAAUGGUGGUAUUCUCACCAUAAUUGCAGGGUUUUUUUACUACGUUAUUUUAUUGUAUAUUCAGAGCCAUUUGUAUAUUAAAUUUCUAUAAUUAUUUAAAAUUCUGUAAAUAUCUAUUGUCAUAAUAUUGCUCUCCACAUCUGAAAUGUGGGUUUGUUUGGUGCUUGUCCAGUACGUGCAUUUAGAAUAUUAAAUGCACCAACUGAUCAGUUGGUACUACUUUGGUUUCAAACAUGGAACUGUCUCAGCUUCGACAACUUGUUUUCUUUUUCUCCUCCCCUUUGAGGAGAUGAUUGACUAAAAUAGGCCUGAUUCAUUCAGAAUUUGCAAAUGUGUUAAAUAAUCCAGAGUGAGAAGGGAAUAGGGAGAGAAAGCAAUUGCUUUUCUGAAAUGGAAACGACUAAAAUCCCUCCUCAGUAACACAUGGAUAACCAACUAAGUCAUUACAAAGCACUGUGCUUCCAUGUACAUAUAUUUGUAUACAUUGGUUUCACUUCAUUCAUAUUUACAGCUGAUCUGCAUGUUAAUCUCCUUAAAAGAAUAGAGAGAUGGAUCCUGUAGUACAAGAUGAACUCAGACAUUAGGCGUGAUUUUGUAAAUAACAAUUAUUCGAGUAUUACUUCAAAUUCAGUAAUAUUUAAUUACUUCCACUUUUGUAUAUUGUGUUCUAUUUUUAUACUUCAUCUUGUAUUUGACUUCAGCCUCAUUGUUUGUGAUAGCAUCUGUUUUUAUUCAACAAUUUAUCUGAUAGAAGUCUUACUGUUCAUAUCAGAAGUGUCCAAAACUUUGCAAAGUCUAGAACAUAAUGUUUUCCAUCUGUGAAAAUGUAUUUGAGGUUGUUCUUAACUGGAACCACUUCAUCCAUGUUCUUUUCUGACUUUGUAUUGCAGUUUCACAGGGUUUUUUCUUCUCAAACAGGGAUUGUUGCAGUAUGGUAGUGCUCUGUUUACCUCCUUGUUUCUGUAAUAAGGCCAUUUUCUGGUACCUUCUGUUGUCAUUUUUCAUGAAUGAAAAAUAAUUAUGGAAACAGUAAAUUAUUUGAAAUAAUGGUGCUGUAGAUAACCUUUACACUUUACUCUUUCAGUAGCAGAGAACUAUCAGUGAGUGAAAUAAAGUGGUGGCUGUUAAAAUUUUAA